GGUCAAUGGAGAACCCCAUAGCCCUAAAGCGAAGGAAGGGUUCUCUUGGAAGCUCCCUCGUCGCCUCAUGCAGGCUUAGUAUCCCUGGAGUGGCUCUCUUGCAACGUCCCUGCGUGUCUUCUCCAUUGCCCGCAGCCAUGAAGUUCUCUCCCCGUGUGAGCAGCUCUAGGCGCAAGUCGAGGAAGGCACACUUCAGUGCCCCCUCUAGCGAGAGGCGGAUUCUGAUGAGUGCUGCUCUCUCUUCAGACCUGAAGAACAAGUAUAAUGUUCGGUCUUUGCCAGUGAGGAAGGACGACGAAGUCAUGGUUGUGCGCGGCACGUUUAAAGGGAGAGAAGGAAAGGUCGUCCAAGUGUAUCGGAGGAAGUGGGUGAUUCAUGUGGAGCGUAUCACUCGUGAGAAAGUGAACGGAGCCACCGUCAACGUUGGCAUCGACACAUCCAAUGUGGUGAUCACGAAGCUGAAAUUGGACAAGGAUAGGAAGGCCCUCUUAGAGCGAAAGGGCAAGGGUCGAUCUGCAGAGAAAGGAAAGUUCACGAAUGAGGAUGUUGCUCCACCACUGCAGGAAGUGGAUUAGAAAGUUUUGGUUUUUGAUAAUGAUGCCACUCCAGCCAUGUAGUGGUAUGGAUGAGAUUACACACUCAACGCCGAAGUUUUUAUUUUUUCCCCGUG